AAAUUUAUAAUAUUACAUUUUCACAGCAUAAUGCCUUUAAGAACUGUUCUUUUAAAAAAAUUUAGGAUGGGGGGUCAUCUAAAAAACUGAAAACCCUUGCUUUAAUCUUUAAUGAUGUCUAUGUUAACAACCAUCUGGUGAAAAAGGAGCUGGUGUCAGCCUCGUGUGGAAUAGUUCGACGAAUAAGGAGCUGGCGAAAAAGGGAGCUGGAGUCAGCCUCAGAUGUCCUCAAGUAUUUUUUAUUAAUCCUCUGUAUUUAAAAUGUCUUUAAAAUGUGGUGGAACAUCUGAGGCUGAAGAUGCCGAUGAAGAGGUGCAGAAAAUAUGCGAUGAGGUUAGUAACUAUACAUUGCAGAGAAACAGAAAUAGUGAUGUGUUAUCACUUUAUAAAAAACAGCCAUGGACGGCCAGGACAGGACGUGAAAACAGGACAUGUCCUGAGAAAACAGGACUCUUGAUUUCUCCUCAGGUAAAGUCUCACGCCGAGGACAAAGUUGGUCACAAGUUUGACACUUUCACCGCCAAAUGUUUUAAAACGCAACUUGUUAAGGGGAAAAAUUACUUCAUUAAGGUGCAUGUAGGUGAGGACGACUAUAUUCAUCUGCGUGUCUAUAAAACCCUGCCCCAUGAUGGAGAAAAACUAGAGCUGCACAGCAUUCAGACAUCCAAGGCUCAUCAUGACGCCAUGGAACACUUCUGGACCUUCAGAAAGAUCAACAUCUUUACGAAUAUUGCCCAAAAUACUCAUGGAUGCCACAGUUACACAGUAAAUGUUAUAUUAACAUCUAAAGAUGAAGCAUGUUAA